GUGUGCAAUCACAUUCUACCAAGCUGACAUGCUUGUGCUCUGAGCACUUGUUGUUAGGAGGUAGACAGUGUAAAGAAGAGCACAUACGGAUAACUGAAUGUGAUACUAUUCCUUAAUUGAGACAAGUAGAUCUACUCGUAGUAGUACCUGAAAGUAUGCAUGGUUAAUCAAGUGUUUCAGUCUGUAUGUUUGGCUGUCCACAAUUGUUUCCCCUCCCCUGUGUCAUGCAUCACCAGUGUACUGUAUCACUGUACUAAUGUUCUCUUCCUUCCAUUUCAUGCAUCUCCACCUCACCUUUGACUGACCCUCUGAAACAACAGCGUUAUGUAAGUUGUGUUUGCACGUGCACACUCAUUUUAAUGGUUACUAGGAACUCGUAAAUUAUCUUUGUCUCUUUCCAUAUUGCCAACUUGGUAUUAGCCGAGGCCCACACAACUUAUUAGGUUGUAGUUUUAAUAUUCGUAGAAUAUACACCUAAGUUCAUUAGUUGGUACGUACAUUAUCGUGUUUGUCUCUUCCCAUGCACACACUCAUUCCUAUGUUGGACCACACACUGAUUUGGACUAUUGUAGGAGGUGAGCUUCUUACGAGUACUCAAUGUCCACACACUAAAAUGGUUCAGCUGCAAUGUGUACGGAUGUACUGGUUACCUAGCAUCAUUAGCGUGUGUCCCUUGUCCUCUAGAGCUGACCCUCUCCCUCGUAUAGGGUAGACCACGGCUUUAAACUUGUUCAAUUCGUAAUCCCAUUUUACGGGCACAAGUUCGAAAUACCACCAUUGUGUACAUUGUGUACAUGUAAAUUUGUGUUUAUGUAAAUUCCCCAACCAAUUAAGUGCCUACUGAACCUAAAACUUGUUGCCUAUUUCUCAAUAUUUCCCCAACUUUUUUAUUUCUUAGCUUUUCUAUGCCAGGUCUAGCCACUUGUUGCUAUGUGUAGUCAGUCCCAUACACACCAGCGUUCAACUGAUCUGAUGUCUUGUAUGUGUGUUAAGAUUAAAUCUCUCCCUCACAUGUACCAUUUGAUGUGUCUCAGCGUGGAAUUGAGGUAUGUUGUGAUUGUGUGUGUGUCUCAUGAAGUGCAGGUGUUGUAUUGUACGACAAACAAAAUCAUACGUAUCAAAGUUGUACAUGUAAGAUGCUUUUGUUGUACCGUUUACCGUCCCUUCCACUGACCCACCCACUGACCCUUCCAUUAUCUGCUAUUGCUAGUACCGAGUACCUGUGUGUGUACUAGCCAGUGUGUGUACUACCAAUGUUCAUAUCAGUCUCUCCUCACAUGUACCCUCUGUGGACUGUUACUCAACAACAGAUCGUGAGUUUAUUGCAUGUACAUAUAAUGGCGUACUAGGCUGACUUGUAUACAUGUACUACUGCAUGAAGGCAGAAAGAAUAACUUGCGUGACUUUAUUUAGGAUUAGUACGUACUGAAAGUUUCAUGCUGUACAGACGUGUACUUGCAAUAAUUGAUGUAUACAUGUGUGAAUGCAUUUGUGUAUUUGAACAUGUUCAUUUCUCUACAUGUCCGUGUCCUACUGCUUGUUAAUGUGACUACUGCUAAUGAUUACUGGAACAACAGUGGGUAAGUUACAGUAUGCAGACAUGUAUGAAUGCACUCACUGCUCCUACCAUCAUCCCCCUCUCUCUGUUUCCAUGUGUGUCUCACGCUGGUGUCUCAUUGGACUAAACAGAAGGUGAGCGGGACACUGCACUGACUUGUGACUGUACUUGUGUCAGUAAUGUUUGAGUUGCAUGAGUACAUGUGUAUUGGCAUUCAUAGUGUACAGGUUUGUGAUUAUAUUCUUUUCUCUCUCCCUACAUUUCCAUGGUUACUGAAUAUCUGGAACGAUAGAAAGAUAAGGCUGAGGAGGAGAGUAAACUGAAGCGUCAUGAGACGAAAAGAGCUGCCCUCCAACAGAGACUGUCUGGUGACAUCACUGACCAGGACCGGAGACAACUGCAGGGAGAGCUGGAGGAGGUGGAGGGGGAGAUCAAGAAGUGUGUCUCAGGGAUACAAGUGUGUGAGGAGAGUAUACAUCGCAUUUAUAAGUUGAUUGCUGAGACACGAGGAGAAGUAGAGGAGAGGCAGAGAAAGGAAGAAUCAGCGAAGCGGUUGUUUGAUGAGGCGAUGAAGCACGGACACGUCUUGGUCAACGUUGUCAACAUGCUUGUGUUUGGACCGGCGGGAACAGGGAAGACCAACCUCAAGCACCUGCUAACUGACAAACCCCCUCCACUACUGCGAGACAGCACUCCUUGUAUGGAAAAGCCAGUACGUAUUCGACCCGUGUCCAACACAAAAUUCAAGUCAACUGGAAGAGGCUGGGAAGAGAUGUCUCAGCCAAAGUUGCGCAAGCUACUUGCUCAAAUCAUCGCUAAAUUACCAAAAGAAAGCGCCGAUCCAUCCACGGCAUCAAGGGUUGCCGAGAGCUUGAAGAAGAUGACCACAACCAAGCUAAUUUCUGAUUCCGAUGAGCAAAUUUCUGAUUCCAUUUCGAGCCCAUCGACGAACGAUUCCGAUGAACUUUCUGGCUCUACAAGAAUGUUGGACGAAGCCAUCGAUGAAGUGAUAGCGAGUGUAGUGAGUGGUGUGGCAGAAGAGCUGAAGCCAGCCACACAGGGAACUGACCAACUGUCGAGCAGUGACCAGCAAGAUGGAGAACUGUUUGAUUCCAACUGGGUGUACGUUACCGACUGCGGCGGCCAGCCGCAAUUCCACGACAUCAGCCCUCUCUUCAUCAAGCACAUUUCGGUGGCGUUGAUAGUCCUGCGUUUGAUUGACGAACUCUCCAGUUUCCCUUCUGACGAGUACUACAAGGAUGGGCAGCUUGUUGGUAGUCCUCAUGCAUCUCACAUGACCCUCGGGGAGACACUUCAGAGUCUCAUUCGAUCCAUUGAGUCCCAUACCUCACAAGAUAAGAAGCCGAAGAUGAUCUUUGUGGGCACAUUCUUUGAUCAGCUGAAGAGCUCGAAUACACUUAUCGAGAGGAAUAAAGAGAUUCUCGACAUGCUGCCACCCGAUAUCAAGAAGCUAUUGGUGUACGAAAAUCUUGGAUUGAACAAUCUGAUUUUUGGUCUCAACACAAUCAGCCGAGAAGAUAAUUCACUGGCCACUGCCAAUAGGAUUAGAAUUGCUAUUGAGCGCUCUAUUCCGCUACAAGUCAAAAUGCCCAUCUGGUGGUCCUUCUUGGAUUCACUUCUCCAGAGUUUAUCUGCCAGUCUCGACCGAGGUGUACUAAGCAUUAAAGAAUGUCUCCAAUUAGCCACUCGAUUUGGUUAUUUGCUCAAAGAUCUUGAAGCUGCUCUGGUCUUCUUUGACAGCGUGUGUAUAGCGCACUACUAUCCCUCCAUUCUCCCCAACACAGUGUUUGUGGAUGCCCAGAUUCCACUAGACAAGAUCACCGAGCUCUCACAGCACGCCAUCUCUCUGAGGAAUGCUCACUCUACUGUUAGCCUAGGAGGGACAGACGCCGAAUGGAAGAGAUUUCGAGACGAGGGCAUAAUCACUUUAAAGUUUCUACGAUUCUUUAAGAAGCAUUACAUUGAAGGCAUCUUUUCUCCAGAAGAUAUGCUGUUGAUCAUGAAAGAUCUUCUUGUGAUUGCUCCCAUUUCACUAGUGGAAGCCACUUCCCACCAAGCCGAGUUCUUCAUGCCAUCUCUACUCACAUCGAUCCAACUUGCUGAGCUAGACAAGAUUCGUUCCUCCUUCACGAUAUCACCCUUCGCUAUCUACUUUCGUAGUGGGUGUAUUCGCUCUGGAGUCUUUUGCUGUCUAGUUGUGGACGUGAUCAAGAGGCUGAGCUGGAAAAUUUUGCUCCCCUCAGGGAAACCAAUCUGUUUCGCUAAAAAUUGUAUCCAGCUAAGAAUUCCCAAGCACCCGUAUACCGUGGCUCUGAUCGACUCUUUCUCGUAUAUCGAAGUGUACAUUGACGUCCCUUUUCCUUUACGCAAUGAAAUAUGCCCUACGAUUCGCAACGAAAUUUUAAGCAGCAUUAAAUUGUCCUGUCAAGCGUUGCAUUACAACAACGACACACCCGAGACAGGCAUCUUUUGCCCAUGCAAGAAGAGCACUGGAAGCAAAUUGCACCUUGCAGAUGUGAGUGAACGGAAGGACUAUUGGAUAUGCUCCCAGGAGGCACGUGUGUAUGGGAAGCUCAGUGACGAACAUAGAAUCUGGCUGGACAAUAGCGAAGGUUCAGGUGAACCAUCCUCUGUUACGAGAUAUGUCACUGAAGGAACGAGUGAUCAGCUGCAAUACCCCGGCCCAUCGUCCCCUAUAGUGGAACCUGCGCGUAAGAAGAUGAGAAUGACUGAUCAACAUACCAGUGAAUUGUCCUCUGUUACAGUAAUGGAAGAUGUGUGUAAGAAGACUGGAGUGAGGGACCAACAACUAGAUCAAGAAAUCCCUGAGAGUGACAUCAUUCUAAUCGCGGAGAAAUUUCCACACCUGCUGAGCGUGCACAAGGCUUUGACAAUUGACGAUCUGCAACAUGUUUACGAGAAACUACACACUGCACAUGAAAGUGCCAGCCCUCACUGGUUCAAUCUGGGAUUGGCUCUAGGUCUCCAUCAUUCUGUUCUUGCCAUCAUCAAGAUCCAAAAUCAUAACGAGUGUGUGUCAUGCUUGCGUGACAUGUUGGUUAAGGUCCUAAGUACGCAACAUGUAACAUGGAGUCUCCUGUCAGACGCUCUCAAAAAGCCCACAGUGGAUCUCAUCAAUUUGGCUGAUAGCAUCACAGCCACAACUCCUAACCUGCUCGAUCGACUCAACCUCACCCCAGCUGACCUUGGUGAUGUAACUGAUGUCACACGUCGUUAUGGCAAUCAAGCUGGAGUGGCUCAUGCAUUGGGAGCGUGGCAAAGUGUGAAUCCUUCCAGAGCUACCUUCAGGGCCUUGGUAGAAAUUGCCAUAGGACUGAGAAGAGGAGACACUGCUACAGACAUUUGUAGAUUCAUUGUAGAGAAUACGAGUGGAACUGACCGAAACUGAUUUUAUACAUAACGUUUUUGUCUGCAAUGCUUUGCUUUUCUGCACAUUUUUGGUAGUCUCUGUGAGAA